UGCCUAUGACUACAAGUACCAUUCUCAAUCGAUUGAGUCUUUUCUUUCUCCUCACUAACACAUCUCUUCUCCCAUAGCUAUCAGCCUUUUGGUCACGAUAAGAUGGCACAAGUGGCUGUCAAUGAAACAAAAGCCUUAGCUAACGUCUUAGCCAUUGGCACUGCUAAUCCACCGAAUAUUGUGUACCAAGCUGAAUGUGCUGACCACUAUUUCCGUGUUACUAAUAGUGAGCAUAUGACUAAUCUCAAGGCCAAAUACAAGCGCAUAUGUGAGAAAACAAUGAUCAACAAGCGACACUUGAACGUAUCUGAGGAGAUCUUAAAAGAGUACCCGCAAUUGUGCGAUUACAAUGCUCCCUCGUUGGACAUUCGUCAAUCCAUACUCGCUAAGGAGGUUCCCAAACUCGGAAAAGAGGCGGCUUUGAAGGCCAUUGAAGAGUGGGGACAGCCCAUAAACAAGAUCACCCAUCUUAUCUUCUGUACGUCCACUGAAGUCAACAUGCCCGGCGCCGACUACCAGCUGACUCGGCUUCUAGGCCUUAACCCUUCAGUGAAGCGAUACAUGCUUAGCCAAGUUGGUUGCCAUGCUGGAGGAGCUUCACUUCGUUUGGCCAAGGACCUUGCAGAGAACAACUCUGAUGCUCGAGUACUUGUUGUGUGCUCUGAGAGCGCAACCAUUUUCUUCCGUGGGCCUUCUGAGACCGACAUGGAGUUCAUGUUGGCUCAAGCUCUUUUUGCAGAUGGAGCUGCGGCUGUGAUCGUGGGUGCAAACCCAGAUGAGUCGUUGAAUGAACGACCCAUUUUUCAGUUAGUCUUGACUACACAGACAAUACUGCCUAACUCUGAAGGGGCUAUUGGAGGCAACCUCAGAGAAGUUGGGCUAGAAGUUCAAUUUCUUCCGACUGUUCCGGGGCUAAUAUCGUAUCACAUUGAGAAAUCUCUAGUUCAAGCCUUUGAUCCGUUAGGGGUCAAAGACUGGAACUCGAUGUUUUGGAUUGUUCACCCUGGAGGUUCUGCUAUUUUAAGCCAAAUAGAAUCUAAAAUUAAGCUUAAGGAUAGCAAACUAAAAAGUUCUUGGCAUGUUUUAAGGGAGUUUGGAAACAUGUCGAGUGCAAGUGUGUUGUUCAUAAUGGAUGAGACGCGUAAGAGGUCGCUAGAUGAAGGUAAGGCUACCACCGGGGAUGGAUUGGAGUUGGGUGUCUUAUUCGGCUUCGGCCCCGGUGUUACUGUUGAGACGAUCGUCCUCCGGAGUUUCCCGCUUAAUAAGUAGGUCGUUGAUUGGUGUUACUGUUGAGACGAUUGUCCUCCGGAGUUUCCCGCUUAAUAAGUAGGUCGUCGAUUGGUGUUUAAGCAAGUGUCUUUUCUCCAAGCUAUUUGUGUUUAUGUCUUCAACUUGUGUCUAAUGAAAUCCUGUUUCAAUUCCUAUAUAUUGUACUGUUGUUGUAAUGCGUGUGUGGCCGUGUGAGCUUUAGCCUAAUUUUAUAAAUAAAUAUAUUAAUGAGUAAAUGAGUGAAUGUAUCAAAGUUAAACAUAUAGGGAACACUAUUGGUAGAUAUAGUCGACGUUAUAAACUUGAACAAUAUGUCCAUUAUUAUCCCAAUUAAUUAAUACUAGAUGAAAUCCGUGCGAUGCACAGUUUGUUAGUA